GACUUCUAUAGUCUUUGUUUUUCAAUUGAAUGAAUCAAGUGUUUGUGUAAAUGAUUGUGAAACAAAGAAUUUCCACAAGACGAAAUAGAUGAGGCUCGAUAUAGUUACAUUUUUUAACAUUACUCAUGAGUACGGAAGAGACUCUGUUGAAUCUCGACUUCGACAAACCAAGCACAGUUAUUACGCCGCCCGAUGACGGCGUGGUUUCUCUCUCGAGUAGUGCUGAAGACAUUUGCUUAGUCCCUGAGAUUGAAUUUGAGGGCACCGUGGAUUCUCCGGGUGUCAACCGUGAGUCGCAACCGCUUCUUGGCGGUCGCGGCGACAUAGAAGUAUCAUUCAACCAUUUUCCAGAUGACCCUCAAUUUAGCGAAUUAGUAUGGCAAGCCGAGGUAGCCAUCGACAAUGGAAUAUUCCCAGAGAGGAUAUAUCAAGGUUCCAGCGGGUCGUACUUUGUCAAAAAUCCUGGAGGAAAAAUAAUCGGCGUGUUCAAACCGAAAGAUGAAGAGCCAUAUGGAAGACUGAAUCCCAAAUGGACCAAAUGGAUGCACAAGUUAUGCUGUCCGUGCUGUUUUGGAAGGUCAUGCCUUAUCCCCAAUCAAGGGUACCUUUCAGAGGCUGGGGCAAGCCUUGUGGAUUCCAAGAUCGGUCUCAAGAUCGUGCCUAAGACUAGGAUGGUGAAAUUAGUAUCAGAAACCUUCAAUUAUCUGCGAAUCGACCGCGAGAGAUCGCGACUGAAGCGUGCUAUCACAGAGCAGUUCCCUAAUCUACGAUUUAAUAGAAUGGGUCUUCCACCAAAGGUGGGGUCAUUCCAGUUAUUCGUAGAAGGAUUUAAGGAUGCGGACUAUUGGCUGCGACGGUUUGAGCAGGACCCACCGCAAGAGCAUGUUAUGAAGAAAUUUCAGUUACAAUUCGAGCGCCUUGUCGUCCUGGAUUACAUAAUUCGUAACACGGAUCGCGGGAAUGACAAUUGGUUGAUCAAAUAUGUGGCGCCAUCUAACCGGACUGAGCAGGAUAUGACGGAACCUUCUGAAUGGAGUGGGGGUGGCAUAGACGUCCGUAUAGCUGCCAUAGACAACGGUCUAGCAUUUCCAUUCAAGCACCCGGACUCGUGGCGGGCCUAUCCCUAUCACUGGGCGUGGCUACCGCAGGCCAAGAGGCCUUUUAGUACUGAGACCAAAGAGUUGGUGUUGCCAUUGCUGUCUGACAUGAACUUCGUUCAGGAACUUUGUGAUGAAUUAAAUAUACUUUUCAAGCAAGACAAAGGCUUCGACAAGCGCCUCUUCGAACGGCAGAUGUCAGUGAUGCGAGGUCAAGUACUGAACUUGACUCAGGCCUUGAAAGACAACAAGAGUCCCGUACAGCUCGUACAAAUGCCGGCCGUCAUUGUUGAGAGAUCUAAGAGUGGCACGACCCAAUCUCGUUUCUUCGACUCGUUCCAACAACGCUUCCAGCAGAAAUCACCAUUCUUCUCUUGGUGGUGAAAUAUGACACGUGAAUACCGACGAACGAUAAUAUAGGAUUUUGUAUGUAUGUAGUAUUUUAAUCUACUGAAGUUGAAACGAUCAUUCCAAUUAACUAUUUAUAGGGUUUCGCAAAUUUUGUGACAGAAAACUAUUUUUUUAAUCACUUAUGGCUUGAACUUUUUAAUAUUUUCCUAAUGGCGGCUUGUUAUGAAUAUUUUGAAGUUUGCUUAAAAGUCCCCUUGAAUUGACUUGGAAUAGUUUUAUCAAAAUUCCUGAGAUAAUCUUCGGUUUUUUUAUGCCGGUUAAAAAUAU